CUUAGAACUCACAUCUGUCUCCAUCCUUCCCAUACAGGUGAAUCAGCGCAAUGUCCCAGGGAUCGAUAGUGCCUACCUGGCCAUGGACACAGAGGAAGGUGUGGAAGUCGUUUGGAAUGAAGUUCAGUUUUCUGAGCGGAAGAACUUUAAGCUUCAGGAAGAAAAAGUUAAAGCGGUGUUUGACAACUUAAUUCAGCUGGAACAUCUGAACAUUGUGAAGUUUCACAAAUACUGGGCUGAUGUGAAGGAGAAUAAGGCCAGGGUGAUCUUCAUCACUGAAUAUAUGUCUUCAGGGAGCUUGAAACAGUUCCUGAAGAAGACAAAGAAAAACCACAAAACUAUGAAUGAAAAGGCCUGGAAGCGAUGGUGUACCCAGAUCCUCUCUGCUCUCAGCUACCUCCACUCCUGUGAUCCCCCAAUCAUCCACGGUAACCUGACCUGCGACACCAUCUUCAUUCAGCACAACGGACUGAUCAAAAUUGGGUCAGUCUUUCAUAGGAUAUUUGCUAAUGUGGCACCGGACACAAUUAACAACCACGUGAAGACCUGUCGUGAGGAGCAGAAGAACCUGCACUUCUUUGCCCCGGAAUAUGGAGAAGUUGCCAACGUCACCACUGCUGUGGACAUUUACUCCUUCGGGAUGUGUGCACUGGAGAUGGCGGUGCUGGAAAUACAGGGUAAUGGAGAGUCGUCUUACGUGCCCCAGGAGGCCAUCAACAGUGCCAUCCAGCUGCUGGAGGACCCCUUGCAGAGGGAGUUCAUUCAGAAGUGUCUAGAACAGGACCCUGGCAAGCGUCCUACUGCCCGGGAGCUGCUUUUUCAUCAGGCUUUGUUUGAGGUGCCAUCACUAAAGCUACUGGCUGCUCACUGUAUCGUUGGACAUCAGCAUAUGAUUCCUGAAAAUGCUUUAGAAGAAAUGACCAAAAACCUUGACAUGAGUGCAGUGUUGGCAGAGAUUAAUCAUGCGGACAGGGAAGGAGUCAAGAUGAU